AUGGCCAAGAACUAUGAGGGACCUGCUAUUGGAAUCGACCUUGGCACGACUUAUUCAUGUGUUGCUGUAUGGCAAGAGCAAAACAACCGAGCAGAGAUUAUCCACAAUGAACAAGGAAACAGAAUCACACCUUCUUUUGUUGCUUUUACUGAUUCUCAAAGGUUGAUUGGCGAUGCUGCUAAAAACCAAGUUGCUUCAAAUCCAGCUAACACUAUAUUUGAUGCAAAGAGGUUAAUUGGAAGGAACUACAGUGAUAUCACUAUUCAGAAUGAUUUACUGUUGUGGCCCUUUAAGGUCAUAGCUGGUUUUAAUGACAACCCAAUGAUCCUUGUUAAUUACAGGGGUGAAGAAAAAAGCUUUUCACCAGAGGAAAUAUCAUUUAUGAUCCUCACGAAAAUGCGGGAGGUCGUAGAGAAAUUUUUGGAGACACCUAUUAAAAAUGCAGUUGUUACAGUUCCGGCCUAUUUCAACGAUUCUCAGCGAAAAGCCACCAUAGAUGCUGGUACCAUUGCAGGCUUGAAUGUAAUGCGGAUAAUCAAUGAACCAACUGCUGCUGCCCUUGCAUAUGGCCUUCAAAAAAUACCUCAUUGUGUUGAAGAUAGAAACGUUUUCAUCUUUGAUCUUAGUGGUGGAACUUUUGAUGCAUCUCUCCUCACAAUUAAGAAUAAUGUAUUUCAUGUUAAGGCUGUUGCUGGAGACACUCACCUCGGAGGAGAGGACUUUGACAACAGAAUGAUGAAUCACUUCGUAGAGGAGAUCAAGAGGAAGAACAAAGUGGACAUAAGUGGAAACCCAGGAUCUUUGAGGAGGCUACGAACUAGCUGCGAGAGGGCGAAAAGGAUUCUUUCUUUUUCCGUUGUUGCUACUGUUGAGGUAAAUGCUUUGUUUCAGGGAAUUGAGUUAUCUUCAUCUAUCACUCGAGCAAAGUUUGAGAUGAUCAACAUAGACCUCUUUGAAAAGUGUAUGGAGAUCGUCAGGAGAUGCUUUGUGGAUUCUAGAACGGACAAAAGUAGUGUAGAUGAUGUGGUCCUUAUUGGUGGCUCGUCCCGAAUCCCCAAAUUGCAACAACUAUUGCAGGAUUUUUUUAAUGGGAAGGAUUUGUGCAUGAGCAUUAACCCUGAUGAAGCAGUGGCUUAUGGUGCAGUUGUCCAGGCAGCUAUGUUAAAUGUCAAGUAUGUUCCAACCUUAAAGUUGCGAGAUGUCAUACCCUUGUCUCUUGGUACAUCAGAAAAAGGAGAUAUCAUGGAUAUCGUGAUUCCUAGGAACACUUCCAUUCCUAUCACUAAGAAGAAAACAUAUUUUACAGAUGUAGAUAACCAAAGUAGAGUUUCAAUUAAGGUUUAUGAGGGUGAGAGAAUAAUAGCUAGUGAGAACAACUUGCUUGGUGUGUUUUCUCUCUCACUUCCUCUUGCACCACGCGGUCUUCCUAUCCAAGUAUACUUUGCAAUAGAUGCAGAUGGUAUAUUAAACUUGUCUGCAGAGGAAGAAACCAGUGGUAAUAAGAAAGAUAUUACAAUAACUAAUGAAACAGAAAGCCUAUCAACUGAAGAACCUGAGAGAAUGAUUCAAGAAGCUGAGAAUUUUAAGGCUGAAGAGAAGAAACUUGAGGAGAAAGUUAAAGCAAUAAAUAAUUUGAAUGAUUAUCUUUGCCAUGUGAGGAAAGUAAUUGCUGAUAAUGAUGUUAAUUCUUUGAUUUCCCCUGUUGACAAAUUGAAGAUCUAUACUGCAGUUGUGAAAGGCCAAAAUUUGCUGGAUGGCAACAAGGACGAAGAAACACAUGUUUUUGUGGAUUUUCUAAAGGAAUUUCAGAGCACGGUUGAUUCUGCUUUGUACAAGAUCACUAGUGGAGUUUGA